AUGACUGGCUACGGCUUCGCCAUCGAUCGCGGCGGCACUUUCACCGAUGUUUGUGUGUUCAGGCCAGAUGGCACCACUAGUGUCCUGAAGGUAUUGUCGGAAGAUCCUGUAAACUACAGUGACGCGCCCACUGAGGCAAUCAGACAAGUUCUGGAGCAGGAGACAGGUGUUCGUAUUCCGAGAGGAUGUCCUCUUCCUACAGAUAGAAUUUCAUGGAUUCGUAUGGGAACAACAAUAGCCACGAAUUCAUUACUGGAAAGGAAAGGCGAACGUAUAGCUCUGAUUAUCACCAAAGGAUUUAAAAAUCUUCUAUUCAUUGGGAACCAAACUCGGCCUCGGAUCUUCGAUUUUGACAUAAAGAUUCCUCCUGUUCUUUAUGAAGAAGUGAUUGAAGUGGAUGAGCGUGUGAUACCAUUUGACGAGAGCUGUCGCAUGGUGUGUGCUGAUGCGUAUUUGACUCCUAAAAUCAAGGAAUAUAUCAACAAAUUCGAGGCCGGAUUUUCUGACAGGCUAAAAAGUGUAAGAGUGGAUUUUAUGCAAUCCGAUGGUGGUCUGUGCAAUGUUAAGGAUUUCUGUGGUUCGAAAGCCAUUCUUUCGGGACCUGCUGGUGGAGUUAUAGGGGUCGCCCUCACUGCUUAUGACAUGACGACGAAAAGACCAGUGAUCGGUUUCGAUAUGGGAGGCACUUCAACUGACGUUUGUAGAUAUUCGGGUGCACUUGAACAUGUUAUGGAGACUACUACCGCUGGCGUUACCAUCCAAGCACCACAGCUUGAGAUUAAUACCGUUGCCGCUGGAGGUGGAUCUAGGAACUUAUCAAUCACCGAUGCAAAUCUUGUACUGGGGAGAAUUCUGCCAGACUAUUUCCCUAAAAUAUUCGGUCCUAAAUCUGAUCAAGCUCUGGAUAGUGAUGCUUCGUACACCGCUAUGGAAAAGUUUACGAAUCGUAUCAAUGAAUAUUUAAGGAAGAAUGCGGAUAGCAUUGAUAAAGCUUACACUGUUGAAGAGGUAGCGUUAGGAUUUAUUGCAGUGGCAAAUGAAGAAAUGUGUCGUCCGAUCCGUGCCCUUACCCAGGCUCGAGGAUUCGACACAUCGGCUCACGUACUUGCUUGUUUUGGAGGGGCGGGCGGACAGCACGCAUGUGCCAUCGCACAACUCUUGGGUAUUCGCACGGUUCUAAUCCAUAAAUAUUCGAGUCUUCUGUCAGCCUAUGGUAUUGCUUUGGCUGAAGUGGUGAGCGAAGUCCAGGAACCAGUAAAUCUAGUGUUUUGUCGUGAAACCAUGCCAUUAUUUAUCGAGCGGUUCGCCAUGCUCUCAGAACGGGCUGAGAAACGUCUCAAAGAACAAGGAUGUGAUAGCGUCCAUUUUGAGCGAUUUCUACAUAUGAGAUAUGCAAGGACAGAUUGCGCCAUCAUGGUUAUGGGCAACUACGAUUCGACGAAUCCCGAGACAUUAUUGUGCUUUAUGACGGCUUUCAAUGCGAACUACAAACGAGAGUUUGGUUUUGUAUUGGCAGAUCGUGAAGUGAUUGUUGAUGACAUUCGGGUACGAGGAAUAUCUUCAUCUUGCAUAAAAAAUGAUGAACUUAUCGAAAUGGCAUCCGAUCCUAAUAGUGCAGUGCCCGGUCGGUUUCUAGAAACAGCUGUUUACGAAAAAAAGGAUCUUCUAGCUGGGCACGUUCUUCGUGGGCCUGCAAUCAUCCUUGAUAAAAACAGUACAAUAGUAGUGGAGCCCUUGUGUUCAGCUGUCAUUACCACGGAUGGCAGCAUUCGUCUUGAUAUUUGUAGCAAAGAAGCUCAACGUAUAGGAACACAGAUAGAUCCCAUUCGUCUGUCCAUCUUUUCUAAUCGUUUCAUGUCCAUAGCAGAACAAAUGGGGCGAGUUCUUCAACGGACUGCAAUAUCGACUAACAUUAAGGAGCGCCUUGACUUUUCUUGUGCACUUUUCGAUUCAACUGGUGGCCUGAUCGCGAACGCGCCUCAUAUUCCUGUGCAUUUAGGAGGUAUGCAAUAUGCUGUGCGAUACCAAAUUGACAGUCUUGGAUUACAGUCAAUCAAAGAGGGCGAUGUUAUUCUUUCCAAUCAUCCACGCGCUGGUGGAAGCCAUCUUCCAGAUCUGACGGUUAUCACACCGGUAUUCCUCGAUGACGCUACCGAGCCCGUAUUCUUCCUGGCCAAUCGCGGUCAUCACGCAGACAUAGGUGGUCUUGUCCCUGGAAGCAUGCCUCCUCAUGCCACUUCUUUGGAACAGGAGGGGGCUACAUUCGUAUCUUUCAAAGUCGUAAGCAAAGGUGUUUUCCAAGAAGAUCUCCUCAUAGAACGCUUUAAAAGUCCGGGAUCUGGAAUUUCCUUGGUUUGUGACUUGAUAAGUGAGUAUGGUCUUGAUGUAGUGCAAGCGUACAUGCAACAUAUCCAGUCUACUGCCGAAGAAAGUGUGAGGGAAAUGCUGAAAGAGGUAGGAAGAAAUGUUCUCGAGAAAACUGGGAGCACAUGUCUAUAUGCUUGCGAUUCCAUGGAUGAUGGCACUAAGAUUCAACUUGCUAUCACAAUUGAUAUUGAGAAGAGGUUAAAACUUAUCAAAUAUCAGGGCGAAGCCAUAUUCGACUUCUCUGGCACUGGGAUGGAAGUGUUCUCAUCAUGUAAUUGUCCUAGAGCUGUCACUAUGUCAGCUAUUAUAUAUUGCCUAAGGUGUCUGGUGGCAAAGGAUAUUCCACUGAACAGCGGUUGUCUGCUUCCUAUUACCAUCUCGAUCCCUGAUGGAACACUGCUUUCUUCAUCCGAAUUAGCAGCUGUAGUCGGUGGAAAUGUGUUGACUAGUCAACGGAUAUGUGACGUGAUAUUGGGGGCAUUUGAAGCAGUUUCAGCCAGCCAAGAUGAGUCUAUGGGAUAUUAUGAAACAAUUGCUGGAGGAGCAGGUGCAGGUAAUGGAUUUAAUGGUAGAAGUGGAGUUCACACACAUAUGACGAAUACGAGAAUAACCGACCCAGAAAUUCUAGAGAGCAGGUAUCCAGUAAUUCUCCGUGAGUUCUCGAUUCGCAAAGGAUCUGGAGGGAACGGAAAAUGGCGAGGUGGUGAUGGCGUCGUACGGUCUUUGCAAUUUCGUCGUCCACUUUCGUUAUCACUUCUUACUGAACGAAGAGUGUUUGCCCCGUAUGGGCUUAAGGGUGGACAGAGUGGUGCUUGUGGCCUUAAUGUGUUGAAGAGACAAUCUCGUACCGUAAAUCUUGGUGGAAAAAUUAGCCUUAACGCAGAAGCUGGAGAUAUCCUUACCAUAAUGACGCCUGGAGGAGGAGGCUAUGGAAAAGAUUAG